AUGAGGUACAAGGGUCUCGGAGCUGAGAGUGACGCCUCCUAUGACGCAAUUUUAUGCAGCAUUUGUUCAUCGUUGCUAUGUUAUGCGCUAUUCCUGGACGCGCAACUUGGCGAGCACAUUCUGUCAAGAACAAAUUGCACUGAAACCCUCCUACUGCAAAAAAUGCAAGUUAGCACCUUUCAGGGGGGUCGAGCAUCGCGUUUUGCGACAUUAUAUCGCAGCACUCCACACAGACACGUUUGUGUGCAGCGACGGAUGGUGCGAGCCGAGCCUGAAGGCAAGCCAGAUAGCAGCUUCGAAUCGCUGUUUUCUAAAGAGCUGCAGCGAAGAGGGUUGUCGUCUGUAGACGAUGAGGGCAGCUCACGCCCCGCUGAAAACGCUGGUUCAUCGUCGUCGGGUUCCACAGGGCCCUUCGCCGGUAGUGGUGGCAGCGGGCCAACUCCGGGCGCCAACCCCUUUGCUUCCAGCAGCGGCCCCAGCAGCAGCACUCGGACACGGCCCCGCUCGGCGCCUCCACCUAAGGCUGCCGACGCAGAGGGGGACCAGCGGCAAAAAUCCAUGGACCUGGUCAAUGAGGGCUUGGAGGGCCUUAUCCCACGAGCUAAGGUCCUACUACAACUGGGGGGUUCUGUGUUCCUAGGCUUCUUGCCAUUCAUGAUAGUGUUCUCCCUACUCUUUACGGGAGUGUACAGCGUCUUUGGGACGAACUUCGUACACGGCGGGCGGGAAAUGAUGAGCCCACCCACGUACAUCGACCCAGAGCGGCUGUUGAGUGAACCCACUGUUGAUCCGUACGUGCCGUACAACAACAACCCAUAUAGCAGCCCUGACCUAAGGUAA